AUGUGGUCACGUGACACACGCCAUGUGGCUGUCACUCUGGGAGUCAUCAUGCGUCACCCUGCGUUGCAUUUGCUAUUCUGUACAUCAGCGCACGUGCUGUGUCUGUUUAUAGGUUUUGUGUGUCUCAGUGAUGUGACACUGUGCUCUUCUUCAAGGUGUAAAUCCAUGUUGCAGGCCUCUCUUUCCCUGCCAAGAACACAGCCUGGGGAUCCACACUCAGAGUGUUGUGACUGUGUGGCUGUGUAUUACACUGUACCAGAGGGUGUCCCCCUGGUGCUGUGUGGGUGUUGUUACCGGCCUAGGUGA